CAUCAACUUGAUACCUACAAUAAUAAUGCGAACGAGCUUGCCAUUAUCACUCGUAAGCUUAUAUUCGUGAUGUCAAAAACAAUAAUUUAACAUAUCUAUUUAACAAUGUUUGUUGGAAAAAUGAAGUUCGACGUUACCAUCCUGAUAGUUCCAAUAUCUCUUCUUGUUGCUGUUUUUGCGUCGAGCUGUGACAGAGAAUUCAACUUAUAUGACAUCUAUGGACCAGGAUACGAAAUAACAUGCAAGGGUUUGGACCAAACUAACCUAGCUCUCCUGGAACACUUCACUGUAGCAAACGAAAUAAUUUUGAAGAUACAGAAUUCAACUUUCCAGAACAUAUCAUCCAAAGUUUUCCGUAGUGUAGGAAGUAUAAAAUAUUUAUAUCUAGAGAAUUCUACCUUCACAUUUCCUGAAUCCGAAGCAAUCUUCAGUACUCUAGAUGAACUAGAAUACCUGUCUAUUAUUAGAACUGCAUUUUCAAUUGACAAUGAGACUUUCUCAGGGUUGAAGAGUUUGAAAGAUUUAAUUCUGUCUGACAUUGGAUUACACAUUUUUCCAGAAGAUUGUUUCAGAGACUUAGAAGCAUUAAAUAAUCUCCAGAUUACCCAGAAUUUUUUACAGAAUAUAGAUAAUAUACCAUUUUGUCACUUGGACAAUCUAAGGACGUUGAAUUUAUCUCAUAAUGCAAUACAGAAUCUGUCAAGUCAAUAUCUCAUAUGUGAAACUACUGAUGAUAGUCUCAUUGAUUUGAGUCUAAAUGAUCAUAAACUAUCCAUCCAACCUGAUAAUUUCGCAUCGAUAGAUGCAUUUUCAUCGAAUCUCAAUGAUUUAGAUCUGAGCUAUAACAAUCUAAAAAGCCUAGGUUAUUAUCUGAAUAGCUUCAGAUACUUGAGAAUUCUCAAUCUGCAGGGCAAUCAACUCACUAAGGUAAAAAAAUUGAACUUCAGGAACUUGAAUUCUACUGAAGAAAUAUAUCUCAAUAACAAUCAAAUCAAAACCAUAGAAAGGAACACAUUCAUAGGUAAAGAUAGCUUGCUUCGCUUCGAUUUGUCAAACAACAGACUGCAUCAUUUAGUGUUAGAUCAAUUGACAGCGUUGAAAUAUUUGAACCUGGGUCAUAAUAAUCUCACGGAAGCCUGUCUGCAAACAAUAGAUAGUAGUUUGUUGGAAUUUUUAUUAUUAAAUAAUAAUAACUUCUCAGAUAUAAAACCAGGAAUAUUCAAUAAUUUCUCAAAUCUCAGAACACUAGAUUUGUCAAACAACCAUAUCAAAUUGAAUAAUCAUUCAUUCAUGAGAUUAUCGCAUUUGGAGAUACUCAAAAUGAGUGAUAAUGAUAUUGUGGAAUUGCCUGGUUUAGUAUUCGAAUCAUUGAAAAACCUUGAAAACUUAGAUUUAUCAAGGAAUAAACUUUCCUCAAUUUCCAAUAAGGAUACAUUCAGAGAAUUAGAAAAUCUGCAAUUUCUGAACCUUUCACAUAAUUACCUGGAAAAUCUGGAAUAUAGCUUACUAGAAUCCACCAAAGACUUGCGUGUUUUAGAUAUAGAGAAUAAUCGCUUACACUCCGUUCAAUAUGAGAUGAUCAUUACUCACUUACCCUUACUUUCUGUAUUGAAUAUUAGAUCAAACCUUCUAUCUUGUGAAAAGUUAGCGGAUAUUAUCAAAUAUUUGAAAGAUAGACGAGUUAACUUCACAACUCAACACUCAGCAUUCGAAAUAGAUGAGGAGAAUAUUGCUGGAAUAUAUUGCAAAACCGAUAAGAGUGUUUCUUUACCAAAUUCACAAGAUCAUAGUGGAACUAGUAGCCCCAAUUUUGUGUUAUCAUUUAGCAUAGUGGUGGUUUCGAUUUGUUUUGUCAUUAUAACUGGGGUGUCUGUUUUUAGAAUUUUCACAUACAUCAAGAGACGGAAAUAUAGAGCUGAUGAAUUCGAAUUGAUAAAUGAAUGAAUAGGUAAUCAACAUGCGCAUGUAUAUAAGUUGAUACAUAGGUAUUUUAUAUCUGAGAAUUUCUCCCAACUAUCAAUGAAAUAAUACUGUUGGAUUGAAAAUUCAUGUUGUUCAUAUGAGGAAUACUCUAUCCAGCAUUUAUACAAGGCUU